UCACACGAUUUCGCGAUGCGUUUCUAUAGGUUAGCAAGUUCCAUAAAAUUGCUUAAUUGCAAUAAAGUCCAAUUGUUGGCAAUAAGUGUGCGUAAUUUGUCAGCCACCACACGGACAACUGACGAGAAUGCACCGUCACCACCACCACCACCAAUCACAGGUGCUGUGAACAAUGACCAAAACAACAACAAAAAGUCGCAGCAGCGAGCGCUUCACAUUGCCGUCAUCGGAGUACCAAAUGUGGGCAAAAGCACCUUUAUAAACAACAUUAUCAACCACAAGGUCUGUCCCACAUCCGCCAAAGUGCACACGACACGCAAAGCGAACACUGCAAUUUUGACUAGUGGACAGACGCAGUUGGUCUUCUAUGAUACACCUGGGCUGGUGACACAGCGUGAGAUAAGGAAACAUCAUUUGGAGCAGAGCUUUAAGAGCGCCUAUCGCCAUGCCAUCCAGCAUGCGGAUAUUAUUGCCGUCAUGCAGGAUGCCUCCAAUAGCUGGACACGCAAGGAAUUGCAUCCCACAGUGCUGGACACGUUGAAGGCCUACGCACAGUUGCCCAGCUUUUUGAUACUCAACAAAAUCGAUGCCCUCAAAUCGAAGCGUGUGCUUUUGGAUCUAAUCAAGACGCUGACAAACGAUACGCUGCACAAGAGCAAAAAGACGGCGACUCCAAGUGAAACCCCACAGUUGAUCACAAAGGGACUGCCUUUGAAUCAGCGUGAAACCAAUUGGAGUCAUUUCAAUGAUGUCUUUCUCGUUUCCUCGCUGACGGGCAGCGGACUGCAGGAGCUGCAGGAUUAUUUAAUUGCCGCUGCAAAGCAAAGGAGCUGGCGCUUUGCAGCGAAUGUUUAUACAGAUGAAUCGCCCGAAUCGCUGAUUGUGGAGAGCGUGCGUGCUCGCCUGCUCGACUAUCUGCCACAGGAAAUACCUUAUAAUCUAAAGUGCGAACUGGAGUAUUACAAUGUGGAUAAGCAUGUGGUUUACACCUCCGUUUUAGUGCAGUGUCCCACGCCGCGCAUUGAGCGACUGAUUUGUGGUGAAUCCAAUGGUAAAUUGCGUCAGAUAACGGAACGUGUCACUUCCGAUUUGGUGGAAAUGUUUGGCCAAGCGGUAUCCUUAACCAUAUCCACUAUGUCCGGCGGCAAGAAGAGACCCUAAUUUAUGAGUUUGUUGAUUUCAUUAUUAUUAAUUGCAUAUAUGUACAUAAAGAAAUUAUAAGAUAUAUCGA